AUAGCUAGUAGUGUCCCCAUUUCUACGGUCAUGAUUGUCCUAGAGAGACAAUCAUAUCUAUAUAAAUGUAAGUUUGCUACGAUUUAUGAUAAUAGGAAAUACGUAUUCCUAACUAGCUUAAUCAAUUCAAAAAAUAGUCAGAUGGUCGUUUCGAAUAUACUUGAUGAUGAAAUCGUUUGUUUCUAUAACGACGAACAGAUCAAUGGAAAUUAUCUAACGGAUAUCUCUGGCAUAAAUAUGAAUAUUAACGCAAAUUGAUGGUCCAUAACCUUGAACCUUGUCUUCUUCGAGGUCUGUUCUAGCGCGUUUAACGGAGAUAAUAUAUUCUUCAAUUUCACGAAUUCCUAGGUUUGCUCUCAACCUUGAAUGGAAUGACAUUCUCUGAUGAAUCCAGAUACUGUUUGGGCAUGCAUGAUGGCAGUACAAGGAAUGAAGUUGGGUCAGUGGUCCCUGGACAGAGAAUGGUUUCGGAGGGACGGCUUGAUGUUAUUCAGCAAGCUGAUCCGUACGAAGAACGUGGAAAAUCUACAGGAGCAAACGAAGAUACACGUGCAGGACAGCAAGGCACAAAAGCUCACGAAAUGUCUGACCACAUUGGACCUCACAUCAUUGGGCGUAGGAAGCUGCGUUGGUACUGGGAUGUACCUGGUAGCUGGCAUGGUAGCGAAGAACGUAGCUGGACCUGGAGUGGUUUUUAGUUUUAUUAUAGCAGCAGUAGCUAGCAUUUUCUCAGGGGCAUGCUAUGCAGAAUUUGGCGUACGUGUACCACAUACGACAGGCUCAGCUUACAUGUACUCCUAUGUCACAGUGGGAGAGUUUAUAGCCUUUGUUAUCGGAUGGAACAUGAUCCUAGAAUAUUUAAUCGGUACUAGCGCUUGCGCGUGCGCUUUAAGCGCGUGUUUCGAUGCUCUAUCCAACGGUGCUAUUAGCCAUUCGAUCGAAAAUAGCAUAGGAACCUUCUUUGGAAGAGCCCCGGACUUCCUAGCAUUUGUGAUAACACUGUUAAUGAUGUUACUGUUAGUCGCUGGAGUGAAAAAAUCCCUCAUCUUCAACAACGUGCUGAACGCCAUCAACCUCUCAGUUUGGGUCUUCAUUAUGACUGCUGGUCUUUUCUACGUAUCGACGGACAACUGGACCAAACAUGGGGGUUUUCUGCCUCACGGAUGGUCAGGGGUAUUUACCGGUGCAGCCACAUGUUUUUACGCCUUCAUAGGCUUCGACAUCAUAGCGACAACGGGUGAAGAAGCAACCAACCCUAAGAGGUCCAUACCCUUGGCCAUUGUGUCCAGUUUAAUAAUCAUCCUGAUAGCAUACGUCACGAGUUCUAUGAUGUUGACUUUGAUCGUGCCGUAUACAGAAGUGGACGAGGAUUCGGCUCUGGUGGAGAUGUUUGGACAAGUGGGAGCUUUUCGGAGCAAAUACAUCGUGGCAGCUGGUGCUUUGGCUGGACUUACGGUCAGCAUGUUCGGCUCAAUGUUCCCGAUGCCCAGGAUUGUUUAUGCAAUGGCCACGGACGGACUCAUAUUUAGGACUUUUUCGCAAGUUUGGCCCAGCACAGGGACGCCAGCUUUCGCCACUUUCAUCAGCGGUUUGGCUGCUGCGACUGCUGCUCUCUUCAUCAGGCUGGAAAUUCUGGUCGAAAUGAUGUCGAUAGGUACUUUAUUAGCAUAUACUUUGGUAUCUACUUGUGUUCUCAUCCUUCGAUAUCAGCCUCACUCGACCAACCUGGUGGAGCUCCUACCUCAAAGUCUACGCACACCAAUUCGGGGUUCUCCAACGAAGGACCAUAUGGAGCCUUCCCUGUAUGGAAAUCAGCUGCAACCAGAUGCCCUGAGGAACGCUUUUGAUUCCAAUGCAGCUCCCAUCCCUGCCCCUUCCCCACUUCCCUCCCAACCGACCCAGAGAGUGAUGGUGAGGAGGAUAACGAGAAGUUCUCCAGAUAGUGAUGACACUUUUGGUGGUGAUGAGCCUGAAGAAGAUUACUCGAUGAGGGAUGAUCAGUUCUUAGUUUCUGAUCGAACAGAAAAUAAGUUCUACGGAACAUUACACGGAGCUGGUAGCGCAACAAGUACUGGUGGUGUUAUGGGAUCAACUGUAGGAACUAAUCUAGGUAAUUUAGGACGUAGAUUACAAGCAGCGACGUAUUUGUGUCCUGCGAUAUUUCCAUGGGUUGAUACAGGACCGGCUACAGAAGAAUCUGGAAUGUUUGUUAUGAAGAUGGUCGGCUACUUGUACAUCCUCAUCAUAGUCUUCGAUUUGAUAAUAGUUAACGCUAUGCACAAUAUGAGUGGAACCAUGACGUUCUUCUUCUUCCUUUUUUUCUUCGCUAUAAUUGGAAUAUUAUUAGCCAUAUCCAGGAAACCACAAAAUAGAAACACGCUCAUGUUCAUGACUCCCUGUUUACCCUUUGUACCAGCUGUGGCCAUCACAGUAAAUAUUUACUUGAUCUUCAAACUGUCAGUCCUAACUUUGGUGAGGUUCACCAUCUGGAUGACCUUAGGUUUGGCCAUGUAUUUUUAUUACGGCAUCCAUCACAGUACACUCGAAGAAACGAAUCAGAACAUAGAACUGACAGUUACAGAGAACGAAAAAUCGAAACCGAAAAACGAAGGCAUCAACAUUUUCAGCCAAGAGCAGCCCACUUACGAUUGGAACCCCACAAUCGCCUGGGAACAGCCUUCUUGGUCCCAGCCGCAACAGCAAAAUCAAGAACCAGCGCGUUUCCAGUUAGAACAACGCUACGACAUCCACACAAACGACACCAGAUCGGUAUUGAAUCGGUGUCCACCUCCAGCCCCGUCGUCCACCAAAAGUGGCGCCCUCUUUGUUGACGAAACCCUCUUUCCCAAAUGGGACGAUUAGACCUGCUGGGAAAUUGAUAAUUUGGUUGUUGAAAAAGAAGCCCCUAGAAAAUAUAUGCUUGCAAGCUUUCUCAAUGAAUAGACGUUUUAUUCAUUUAGUUCCAUUAUACAGGGUGUACCUAUACCAUGGCUUGACCAAAAGAUUUUCACCGAUUAUUCGAAAAGGAAGUGAUCACAAAUAAUGUAAGAAAUAACCUUCAUGGAGCAUAGGGAUGGUAAAAGUUUGUUGGUUCGACGAAGGACAUCCUGUAUACAUAUUGAAGCGAGGGAGAGAGAGAAAUCAGUCAACCACCGAACUUUUGGCUGAGUACUUUUACGGAAAAUCGAAUCAUUCCUGGUCAACUGUUCUUAGGGUUCUUCCUAGCUAAGUUGAAAUGUUUAUUCAUAUGCUACUGAGAUAUAUGCUUAUUUCAUGAACGUCUAAAACACUAGUCGUGAAGAAGUUUGAGGUGGAUGAUUCUUAUCUUGUCUCUCCUUCGAUAUUUAGGAAACGAGAUUUUUUUUAUUGUUCGCCCAAGAGCUAUAUAGUUCGAUUCAAAUGUUGCAAUAUUUCCUGCAUUAACAGUUAUUAGAGGGAAGGUAGAUAAUUUUAGCUCUUUUCUAAUCUGAGAACAUCGGAACAGAAUUUAAACAUAUUUUUCUAUGGUAAAAAAUUCAAAGCAUCUUAGACCUUUGAUAGUGGAGGAUUUUUUUAGGUUUCCAAAAUAGUCACAAUACUUUUUUGUGCUUUCCUUAAUAACUCACUAUAAGAAAACGUAGGCGUAUAAAGAUAGAAUUUUGAACAAUUCAAUUAUUUCUCUAGUUGAUUCUCUCUCGUAGGUUGUGGUUGAAGGUUCAAAUUUAAAAACUAGCCAGUUAUUGUGAAACUCAAAUUCGUAUUUCUAGAAUCUUAGAAAGAAUAAAAGACUGAGGGCUCAAAUAAUCUGAACAGGGAUUGAGGAGGAAUGUACUAAUGAGUGGGUUAAAAUACAUAUCAUAAAUUAAAUACGCAGAUAGCUCCGUAGUUUGCACACAUGAGGAUUUCCAUAGGAAUGACGGAGCUUCACAUGAUCUAUUAACUGAAACAAGUGCGUUAUUUUCUAGGUAGCUUCGAAAAAAAGGUUGUUGACAUCUUAGAAUUAAAAUAUUUAUCCUACUAUAUCUCAUGAAGUAUUUAAUCGUUAUUCAAAAUUCUUUUUUAUCUUGAAAACUUUUUUUUUGACUUCACGUGUGAGUGAAAUUUCAAAGCGAACAAAAUAUAAUUAAUUGAAUUAACCUUGAAAUGCUUCUUAUUAUGUGAAAAUGUAUAUAUUAUGAGCAUAAUUUUAUAGAAACAAAACAAUUCUUUAAUGUAAAAAUAUGUAAAAAUAGAUCGUUGUUUGUUGUCUCA